GGUUUCCUCCGCAAUCCUUCUAGUUGCCGUAGUCACGUAGCGAGUUGGUCUGUCCCCCCGCCUACCCCGAUGUGGAACCGCCCAUCUGUGACUGGUUCACGAUAACAUUCCCCACUGGCCCCGCCCACUGCCUGGCUCCAGUGUUUGCUGCUCCCUGUGUCAGCAGUGUGUGUGUGUCCGGCCGGCGGGUGGGGUCUCUGUCAGCCCCCUGUCUGUGAGCCCCAGCAUUGCCCGGGGAUGGACUACACCGGCCCCUCAUCGCCCCUCUCCCCCCACCGCCAGCCAUGAUGCUCCUCACCAGGAAGCCGGAGGGCCCCAUUACAGCAGGUACAGUAUGGUUUAGCAGUGUGAUGGGGGAGGGGGUUACUGUAACUGUGUGCCAUGCGGUGUGUACAGCUCAAUGGGGGCUCCAACUACACCUCCCAGCAUGCUCAGCCAGCCCUCAGGGUAAAGGGGAGCCAAGCUUAGCCAUCAGUGUGCUCACUACAGAGACUACACUACCCAUCAUGCUCAGCCAGCCCUCAGGGUGAAGGGGAGCCAAGCUUAGCCAUCAGUGUGCUCACUACAGAGACUACACUCCCCAUCAUGCUCAGACAGCCCUCAGGGUGAAGGGGAGCCAAGCUUGGCCAUCAGUGUGCUCACUACAGAGACUACACCUCCCAUCAUGCUCAGCCAGCCUUCAGGGUGAAGGGGAGCUAAGCUUAGCCAUCAGUGUGCUGGGUGAGCUGCCGAGCCUACACCUCCCAUCAUGCUCAGCCAGCCCUCAGGGUGAAGGGGAGCCAAGCUUGGCCAUCGGUGUGCUGACUACAGAGACUACACUCCCCAUCAUGCUCAGCCAGACAGGAUGCUGUAGUCCACACUGUGUGCCAGGCUGCAUGUAUAGUGCCCUCAAUAGCAGCACAUGUACAAUGCACACUGCAUGGAGUGAGAGGGGAUACAUUUUUAAUGUGCUCACCCUGGUAUGUAAAAGGUUCUGCACACAUAGCUGUGCUUUACUUAUAAAGCCUACACAAUCUACCAAAGUGAAUGAUUCGAUAGUAUAAUAAUAUUUGUAAUAAUAAUAAUAUAAUAAUGUGGGGAUGUAACUGUGCUAGUUUCAGUGAGUUCUCCAUGGUUGGAACAGACACAUCAUGUUUGUCACCCCAGACAACUGGACACAAUUACCUGCUUACUGUAGAGUCGGUCAAUACCUCUCCCAUUGCUUUGGAGGUUUUAAUGACAAUGAGAAGAGUUUAGCUGAAUUACAUUUUAAUCAUUGGGUGCUAUGCUGUUUUUACAAUUGAAGAACUGGUUAAAAAGCUAUAAUUUGUGUCUGUCAAUAAAAGGUUAUCACCCACACAAUGGAUUAAAAUGUUGUCAUAAAAGCAGACAAAUCCAGAUAAUGCAUAAACGAAAAAUAGCCGUAAACGCAAUAUUAAAAUGUACAUGCAUGGAUAUAUUUAUUAACAUUUGUUUUUUAAAAUCUAGCCAUUGUACUGAGUGCUUUGUAUAUUGUAGCAUAAUAUACUCAUUUAACAGGGAUAAUAAAUAUGCAGACUUGCAGGGAGGGCCUUGUAUACCUCAUGCACAUUUCUCUAAUAAGUACAUAUGGAAGAGAACAUUGUAUUUCUAUAGGGUUUAUUUACUGAAAUCUAAAUUGUAAUCAAUUGAAAACCAAAUUGGACAAUUUUGGCUAGUUGUGACUAUAGCUGAGUUGUAAUUUUACCCCUAAAUUAGCAAUUUUAGCCUUAGAUUUGCAAUUCAGUUUUAAAUUCACUGUUAUUUGACAUUUAGUGAAUACUGUGUGUCACUAUUUUGAUUGGUAUGAAACAUAGUUUGCAUGGUUAAGUAGCCGAGAUGAAUGUGUCAACAGCCCUUAUCUAUAUUUUAGCAUUAUUGACCUGUCACCACAUAUCUGAUCCACCUUCUGCUAUUGAUGGCAGAUGUCCAGUAAUGUCUAGUUGCCAGUUUUGACUGUGCCUAGUAAUUUGCAUACACGUGCAUUUAAAAAUAGCAUUUAAAAAAAAAUUAAAAAAAUAAAUUUAUAUAUAUAUAUAUAUAUAUAUAUAUAUAUAUAUAUAUAAAAAUAAUUUUGUGUGUGUACAUUAGUGAGCAUUGUAUUGUUGGGAAAUAUGCGUUUGAGGGGUGCUGGAGACAUCAUAAUAUUCCAUGAGACUGAAGGAAUCAUGAAUGUCUUUAGAACCCCAAUAUGCCAUUAUUUUCCACUAGCACAUAGUUGACCGUUAUGUAUCUUUCUUUUUUAUAUUACGUUGUUUUUAGGGUUAAACGAACACUAGUUCUAGGAAUACAAACCAGUAUUCCUAACAUUUCAGUGUCCAUGCCCUUAUCUAGAGUAGUCUUGCUAUGAAAUGAAUUAAAAUAAUAAUAAUUACUCAUCUUUGUCCAGUGUUGAAACUCCCUCGGCACUGCUUACCUCUCCGCCUCCGACGACACCAUUGAGGAGGCAUGGCCUCCUCUGGCGAUGGUCCAAUCCAAUGUUUCUCAUGAGCUGCUACGUCACGUGACUGAGUUUUGCUUGGUCUGUGGAAGCGUGAGUGCCUCUUCUGGCUGUCAGUAUGACAGUCACAUUAGGCAUGUUAACCCUUCAGUGUAAAGAUGACCCUUUCUGCAAAAUGACAGUGUUUUCCCUUGAAGUGUUAAACGUCCAGGACCACUGCACCCAGACCACUUUAUUAAGAUGAAGUAGUCUGAGGGACUUUAGUGUUCUUUUACGGUUCCUUUGAUCUGGAGCAUUACAUGAUCUGCUGGUUAUGCAUGUCAUGUUUACAUUAGCAACUCCCACUACUCUUGGACAUGUAUCUAACAGUGCUGCACUGCAGCUCCACACUCUACUAUCCUGUUCCUAGCAUGCUUACCCUUAGCCAUCCUGCUACUGGUUUAAACAAAACUCCCCAUAUCUGGUAAAGCACACUUACUGCUUUUUCCCUAACACCUAAAAACACACACAUUCACAAACACUUUCCUUGAAAUACAAUUCAGUUACAUCUCAGACCUCACUCCCUUCCCCCAUUGGUUUCUGCUCCCUACCAUCCUGACUUCGAUAUGUCCUUCUACAUAGAUACAUAAGCAAGUAUCUUUCUUCCACCUGAUUCUGCGUUUUUAUGUUUCGUUUGAUGCUUGUAUGCUUUUGUUUUAUGUACUUUUCCAUGUUUAUUUCAUCAGUGUUCUCUCUAAAGACUGUUAUUACAUCAACCCUGUUUGAUGACACGUGACUCUGUUCUACGUUCCUUUAUAAUUUAAUAUCCCAGUGUCCUAUGUAGUCUGAUUAUUCUAUUCAUGAAGAUAUUAUUACUAAUCUAUAUAAAGCACUCACACCCUGGGUUAGAGUGCUAUAAAAGAAAUUAAAUGAAGUGGUAGUGUAUAGUGUGAUUAAUGUAAAAUAUUUUUUUUCUCUAAUUUGAUAAUUUGCAGGACUUUUUUAAAAAUACAAUAUAUUUUAACAUUAUGCUUUACUAACUACGUCAUGCAGCAGUAUUAAAAUAAUUUGAAUGCCUGGUAUAAAUUAACAUAAAUUUUUUUUUUUUUUUCCAAUCUACCUUGCAGUUGCACAAUUAAUGUUUAAGCUUAUCUAUGUAUAUUGAAAUAUAUUUAACACAACUAUUUUAAGAACAGCAGGUAUAUUUCUUUCCGUGUCUGAUUUAUAUGCCUGUCAUAGGAAACCGUAUCAUGGCAUUAAUAAUUUGCACCUCUAUGAUUUUGCUAAUUUAGGAUAGUAAGUGGGUUUUUUAGUACUGUAGAUUCUUAUUGAAUGAUGGCCACUACAUGGGAAGCUGUUUGUCCAUAAAACCCAAUGCCACUUUUGCCUGAUUGAGGGAUUUAAUAAAAAUCCAGUAAAGCUUUUAAUCCUUUGUUUUAUAGAAGAUUAAGGUAAUCCUGUUACAUACAUAACAGCCAAUGUUGAUCAUUUAACUUGCGUAUCACAGAGUUUAGCGAUGUAAACCAUGUUUAGAUUGUCAUUGCAUUGUUUAGGUUUUUUUUUUUUAAUGACAAGGCAAACAGCGCACAUAUUAUUGCUGAUACAUAUUUAGGGGAUCUGCAUUAUACAUUUGGGACUACUAGUAUCUGUGGUAAAAAAAAAAUUGUUAGAUGUGCAAAAUGUUAAGUGUUUAAACUAACCACUAUAAAUGUUAGUAUUCUGGGACGAGGUAAACCUAAGCAAACGUCGACUCCUUUUUUUUUUUUCUUUUUUUUUUUAUACAUCUGUUGGCUAUUUUUAUGCACACUUAACUGGUCAUUACAGUUGUCCUGUUUAUUAGAAUGCAAUGCCCAGCAGAGAUAAGUAAAUACCCUUUCACCUCUGCUGUUUAACCCCUUAAGGACCAAACUUCUGGAAUAAAAGGGAAUCAUGACAUGUCACAUAAGGGGUUAAACUGGACACAGACUGCCAUGUACCCAUGGUUCCUCACACCAGUGGAGUUAUUCAUAGAUAUACUGAAUUAAUUGUGGCCCAUGCUUUAGAUAGAGAUAUGUUUCUUCUAAAGUUAAAAUAAUACUAUAAUCCUCUUCUCUGACAUCUGCUACUGAUAAAGUGGAAGAAUAAGAUUGAGUUAUUCACAAAUGUGUUGGGGAUUUUAAAGUGAAUACAAAGUGAAUUUUACAUUUUAGAACCAAAUAUUCUCAGUCAGCUAUAUUUUCAUUUUAGCUAUUUUGACCUCAAACUGGAAACUAAUUUUGAAUUCUUGAUAAUGAACUCUUUAGUGAACAUCCCUGGAUUGAAUUAUACUAUUUAUACACAAUUCCUACCCGUAAACUUUCUCUUAUGUUAUGUUUUGAGCAAAAAAGAGUGUUUGCUCUCUGCACAUUUUUUGCAAACAAUUGCAUCCACAUAACAAUAUGACUACUUUAUGACAUAUACUACCAAUAAUAUGCAGUAACACAGCAUCUACAGGUCUCUGUUUUAAGUUAAGUUAAGGGGCCUUCUUGAUCCUCAAUAGUUGAUUGUUUUCUUGGACCUGCUUUUUAUUAAUCUGUUGGUCUGGGCAUGUUCUUAUUUUUGCUUAGUUUUUUUCGAAUUGUUAAUAUUUAAAGUAGCAUUGGAAACCAUGACAGUCUGGCUCAGGGUGGAUUAAUUCAACAAUCACAUUGAUUAUAAUACUUUGGUUAUAUUUACUUACUUGGUGUCACAGAUUGAAAAGACAGCUUAACCUAACCUUUAUAAAUGUAUUUCCCGUUCGUAUUUCAAAGGUAAAAAGUUAGCAGAGUGCUUCUACAUCAGCAUCAAUAUUUUGGAUGGGGUCCUUGCUUUCAUCAUCUUUUUGACGCAGGAACUUUUUUCUAUCUAUGAUAGAGUAGACAAAGGCUGCGUGUUGGAAUUUAUUUCCAUGGAAAAUACUUUUGUCCGUUGUCUUGUACGCAUGAAUUGUUUAAAUAGUUAUCCUUUUUUAGGGAUUGACUUUUAUUCUUUCUCUCUCACAUAUUUGUAAUGUCUAUAUAAAAAAAGAUUUGCACUCUAGUGACUCUCAUCAUGAAAAUAUUGCAUUUACUUUCAUAAACUUAAAAAUUGGUCGAUACUUUAAACCAGAAAAUGUGUAGGAUCCUCUCUUUUAAUUUUCAAAUUGUCACCCCCUUCCCAAUGAGUAAUUCAUAAAGAUGGAAUUUCACUGAAACUCCAAGACAGUCAAGAGAUAUCCUGAGACAAAUUAGGGUCUACUUUGUCUUUGUAUAUUUCAUAUGCCUGACACUUCUAGACACUUGGCGGAGCUCCAGCCAUCAAGAAGUGUAAAUUCCCAGAUUUAUCUAUGGAAGAUCUCCUGUACUCUCUAGCAUGCACAAGUACUAGCUGUACUCUCUAGCAUGCAUGCCCUGGGCUGGACUGCAAACUGCAUUGUGCCUUUAGCAUCCAUGGCCCAUUUUAAUUUCUGAGAGUGGCUUAGAGCACCUGCAGUUUGUAAAUAUCAUACAGCUAUAAGACAUCCUACAAGGACUGCCAAUCAGCUGGAAUAUUCAGGUCCAUGUUACCUUAUACAAGUAUUGUCCGUACUGUGUGUGGCGUCUGCACACAGAGAGAAAGCUCGGUCUCCCUCCCAAAAGGGGUGUGUAGUCUGCAGGUCUAUCUCUAGCAAAAUACUGCUCAUUAAACCUUGAAUCUGGUUGUGUAUAAACUGAUAUCAUCUGCAGUAUAUCUGCUCCAUUCAUCCAUACAUUUUGCAGGUAUGAAACUUUUUCUUUUUUAAUGUAUUAAAAUAUUCUGUUUUUAGCUUUUUAAUAUUUUGUUGUGAGAAAUAUUGGUGCCUUUCCUAGAAAACUGUUCUAAGAAAAAUAUAGGGUGUGAAUUCUGUUAGCGCACACAACAAAUGUGAAGUCACAUUUUCCUGGGGAAUAAAUCAGUAAUUUGUUUUAUUUAUUAUUUAUUUAUAAAUACCUGAUACAAUCACAUCAGGAUGAUAGCGUUAUGAAUGCAGAUAUGUAUAUAUCUGUAUUUGCACGUUUCCCAUGAUUUCCAGAUUUUAGUUUUUUUCACCACUAUGUGUAAAUAUCCCAUCAGAAAGCAACAUUUUCUCUGUUAUCUGGAUUUCCAGUUUGCAUAGAUUUAAUUCAUUUUUGUGUAAAGAGCUGAAAAACAUCACCAUUCCACUGUUUUUAAUUUAUUUAUAUUUGUUAGUAGGUUAUUUCUUAAUUUAUUGUUUUAUAAAAUUUUUGAAAAAUUUGUCAAUAAAAAAUUAUUAGAAGGGGGAAAAAAAACACCCAUCACAGAGGGUUAACCACAAGAGGUGGUAGUUUUGUUAUUCAUUUACUCAGUAUCUCUGAUUUAUCCUCACUUAAUCUUUUUACAGAGUUUGAGAAAUGGAAAUUUCCAGUUGAAAAUUUAAUGCAAAGUUAAAAUACGGUGCUGUUGUUCGUAGAGCUUACAAUCCUUUUGUAAAUUGCCAUAUGUUAAAAACUGAGCAAGCUUUCAAGCUGUAUUUAAUCCAUAAAAUUGAUCUUUGUUGAAUAUGUGCUUUUUCAGUAUCAUAUUGUGAAAUAUUAGUUAAUGUUAAAUGUAUACAGAAUCUUGGAAGCUCUUUAAUUGCUGGACACUUUGCGUGAGAUUUUGUACACAGAUGUAACCUGUUUUAUUUUGACCUUCCCUCUGUUCUGUUCAUCUCACCGAUGCCUUAAUUCGAUGUGACUGUGCUGGCAGGAAUGUUGUGUAAUUGUAAUAAGGCUCAGGCAGUCAUGCAGGGUUAUUCACUAACAUGAGAAUUUCAAGUUCAAAGCUAUGAUUCCAGUUUAGCUACUUAGGUCUUAAAUUUGAAAUUCACUUUGAAUUCUCUUUUGUGAGUAACGGUGAUAGUCUCGAAUAUAAAUACAUUUUGAGGAUUUCUUCCAGAAAUCAACAAUUCUUUUUACCACACUUUGUAAUUUUAUCCCAGAGAAUGUGGUCUAUCUUCUCUUUUUUUUUGUUGUCUGAAGAUUUCAUAAAUUCUUUCUACUAUCGAAGCACGCAUGCUGUCAUGUAUAUUUUGUAUUUGAUGGGCUUCUUCCUGCACGACAAUUCUUUUCAAAUAACAUGAUAGAGAUAGAGUAUCAAUAAACCCUUUCAUUUCUUGGAUUAUUAGUCUGUUAGCAUUCCUAAAUUUGCAUUUAGAACAUUCACGAAAAGAGCCUUUUGUCCAUUUCAAGUUGAAGGUCCAUUCCAUUUCCAUCUUUUGUUAUUUCCUAUUUCUGUUAAAUUUUGAAUAUCAUGGGUUAGAGUUGGUAGCUCCAUCGUUAAUGUGAAUCUGUCAUCCACAAAUGUGAUAAGGUAAUUUUUUGUUAAAUUAAAGGGUUAUUUUCUUACCAGUGUUUUUCCAUAAAAUAUAAUUUUUUGUUUGUAAUAAGACCUAUGCUUGUCCACCCUACCUCCAAUGCCCUACAAAAUAAAGCGGCUUAAACUUACCUCUUUUCCAUUGCCGAGGCCAAGUUCUAACUCAUCCUGAUCCUUCUUGGCUGACAUCACUUCCCAUUGCUGUGCAUGCUGGCGUCAAAUGCCAGUUUUGCACAGAAUUGGCAGUAGCCAGUUUGGAAAUUUAUUCUGGGCUGGCUAAAGAUGCUGCUGGAAGUGUAGUUGUACCUCUGGCAGCAAAGGGGUCAAACUCCAUAUGUGUAGCAUUUCAAAGUGAGGCAUUGCUCAUACAGACUCCAGGCAAUAUGACCAAGUCAAAUCAGUGAGGUGGUCAUGGUGCUUCAAGUAGUGCUACAAGCGCCAUCAAUAUCUGCUCAUUGCAAAUGUUUAAAUGUAAAUCGGUUCCUGUGCCUGACACUUUUAUGUCAAAAAAGGAACAGCUGGUACUUCCUUUUUCCCAUGCCCCAGUAUACAUUAUUAUAGCACUUGUUGGGGUGAGUAGUAUAUAAAUCACAGUUGUCGAGGCAGCACUUUAGCGUGCAAGAUGACUUCACUGCUCACUGAUGGUCCAGCUGUGUUCUGGCGUUCCUUCCAUAGUUCCAUGUAUGUGGCACUUAUUUUACAUAGUAUGUUCUAUCCUUCGCUAAGUUACAUGUUGGUAUCAGGUUGUGGGUGAAUAUUAUCUUUUAAUUAUGUUGAUCAAUAUUCACUCAAAUUGUAAGUGGGAAAAAUAAUGCAUACCUAAAGGUUAAUUAUUUCUAACUACCAUCAUUAAUGUGAGGCAAAUGUACCAAUCAAUGAACUCCUAUCUGCUGUUAGUAUAACCUUUCAAAAUAAACAGAAACUUUAGUUGUUGCCAUAGGAGUCUGCUCGUCACAACACAGUUUUGAGCAGUGAAUCAUGCAAGAAAAUCACAGGUAUCUUAUACAGUACAAACUAAAAGGCUGAAUUGUAUUGCCAAGCAUGCUAGAAGAUAAUAACUUAAAAUUACAGGCUCUCCUACAUUGAUAGACUAUGUUAGAUUUUUGUAGAGCGUUUUUUAAAUUUUAUUUAGGAAUCUUCUUUUUUCGGGUGAAAGUGAAUGUCACGCACAAUGUAUAUUCAGUAGUUUAGCUUUUUUUUUUUAUUAUACGUUUAUUCAACUAAAGUUAACAUGGCAGUAGUUGUACAUAUGUGCAACAAGCUGGCAUUUCUACUGGGGAUGCACCGCACGUUAUACCAUUCAUAUGUGCACUGCAUAUUUAACUGGUUUCAAUAAGACUUUGGAUUAGAUAUUUUUUCCAGUUCUUGGUUUCAGUCAGCUGCCACUGCAGCUAAUUCAAAAACACUAUUAUGCAAGUAUUUCAACAUACAUGGUUAUUCACUAAAGUAAGAUUUUAAUGUGAAUUUGAAAUUUAAGGUGAAAACUAUUCUCCCAGUCCUUUAUGCUUUCAGUUUAGCUACAGUGUCCUUGAAGGGAUACUAUAGUUACCAGAACUACAGCUUAAUACAGGCAUUGUAAUGUAAACACUGCUUAGAUACUGUCUAGCAGUAACUCACUGGUGGCAGUAACUCAGACAGCCCCUAGAGGGGCUUCCUGAGUCAGUGUUGCGCAAACGCUCCAUGGUUAGAAUUAUGUGUUUGUGUUUCUAACGUUAGUGUUCCUUUAAGUCCACGGUCGCUUUAAGGAGCAUGUGUGAUCAGCUCUCAUUCGUUUCCAGGAGGAAAACCUGUCAACAUUCAUGUUAUAAAGUAAUAAGUAGGAGAAAACCAAUUAAAGGUUGUAUUGUUGUAAAUUGAUUGAUUAACAUUGUAUCUGUAUUAUUAUAUCAUGCAUCACCAUAUGCCAAUCUAACAAUUUUAAAUAUUCUCCAAUGUUCUAGGUCAUAAGUGCUACGGGAACACACCAUUCCUUUUCUCGUUGCAUAGAUUUUAUUGUAACACGUAUAUAUUUUUGUAGGCUCUACAUUCUCACUUUUAUACUAUCACCUUAAAAGUUAUGUUAAGAACUCCAUAUGUGCAGCAUGUACUUACAUAUGCAACAGUAAGUAAACCGUGUAUGUUACAAGAAUUAUAAAAAAUUUAAAAAAAUCUUAGCCUAUGACAAAUUUUAAGGGAAUUUAAAUAAUGUUCUCAAUAGUCAAGAUAUGUAACUAUUAAUUUUUGAGUUAGUUUUUUUUAAAACUAUUUUUGGCCCCUCUCUUGGUUUUGUUUUUGUUUUAAAUUUUAUAUAGUGCUCCUUUAAGAGUAUCCUCGUAAUUGGUCAGCCAGAAGCUCAGGCCUGUUAAAUUUUAGACUUUUGAUUCUAGCCAGGUUAUUUUUUAGGUCCUUGGAAUUGCUGAUGACCAGUGUGGCAAAGCACUAAUGGUAAUUAACCUUAUUGUUCAAUGAAUGUAUUUCACAACCGGUGUACUCCCAUUUAUAAAAAUGCGUGCGUACAACAUUGCAAAGUGCAGGAAGUUCUCCUGGCCUUAACAAUGAAGUUGAACAGCUCACAGUAGUUUCCAGAAUUUGCUUUAUUGAAUAGGUUAUCAGUGACAGACAUCAUGCUGUUGACAAUUGUGUUUUUAAAUUAACAGCAACAGCUAUACCAUUUUACAUACAUAGCUACUGGAUGCAAUAACUAAUCACUAAUCAAGUCCCAAUUCACCACUUUCUGGAUGGUUUUAUUAAUAAUAGAGCAUUGGCCCAUAAAAACACUGUCAUCAGUAUAGUGUAAUAGAAGCAGAAUUUAAUAGAAUUGUUGUUUAAACUAAAAAUAACCCUUAAAAAUGAUUUAGCAGCAAGAAAAAGAAAAGAUAAAAUAUUUUAUUACAAAUGUUGAGUGGAAUACGUUAAGUAGUGUGUGUGUGUGUGUGUGUGUGUGUGUAUAUAUAUAUAUAUAUAUAUAUAUAUAAUAGCUUGUAAAAAAACAAUGUACCACUGCAAGUGAAAGAGAGUAUCUACUGUUCUCCGGUACAGGAAAGGCCAAGAGGCUGGAGUAGGGAGAUGUGGUAGGUUUACCUGGCACUAUAGGGUCUUUGGGUCCCCCCCACCCUCAGGGUCCCACUCCCGCCGUGAUGAAAGGGGUUAAAUUCUUACCUUUCUCCAGCGCCGGGCUACUCUCCUCCCUCUUCUGACGUCAUCCGCCGAAUGCGCAUGCGUGGCAAUAGCUGCAUGCGCAUUCAAUCAGUUCAUAGGAAAGCAUUUCUCAAUGCUUUCCUAUGGACGUUGGGGGUCUUCUCACUGUGAAAAUCACACUGAGAAGCGCGGAAACGCCUCUAGCGGCUGUCAAUGAGACAGCCACUAGAGGCUGGAUUAACCCUAAUGUAAACAUAGCAGUUUCUCUGAAACUGCUAUGUUUACAGCUGCAGGGUUAACCCUAGAUGGACCUGGCACCUGGACCACUUCAUUGAGCUGAAGUGGUCUGGGUGCCUAUAGUGGUCCUUUAAGCCUGGUAGAUGAUGGCAUUUAUUUGGGGGAAGGAGGUUCAGUGAUUUAUUAUUUUUUUUAAUUUGUCAGCAAAGUGUUCUUAUCAUUUGUAACUCAAAAUAGCCAUCACUUGUCAGGGCACAUAUACACACACACACACACCUACCAAAUGGCCAUCUGUGAUCAAUGAAACCCCUCAAGGACCAAACUUCUGGAAUAAAAAGGAAUCAUGACAUGUCACACAUGUCAUGUGUCCUUAAGGGGUUAAAUAAAGAUUCUACAGUAAUUAUAGAUGGGCUGCUCACUAAGAAGUGAAGCAAAAAUGAAAGCUAAAAUUGGACAAAUUAUUGAAAAAAAAAAUACAUUUGGGUGUUUCUUUCCCUUCAGUAAUGCAAUUUAGAACAAAGUCUUGUAAGAUCAUAUCACUGCAUUUCCCUGCUUAGGGGAUAAACCUUGUAGGAUUUAAGGUGGGAUCCAAGCUACAACUUCAAAAGGCUAAUUGUAACUAUAUUCACUUUGAAAGCAUUAUUAAAGGAUCUGUGAGUAGCUGUAAAUGUAGAAGAGCUGAAGAAAACGCUAGUGAACUGAAGAGCCCAGUCCUUUUAAAGUCUCGGUAGGGAUUACUGGAGGUAGAUGGCAAAAGUAGUUACUUCAUUUGAAGAGGAACUAAGGCAGAGGUAAAUAAGCCAGUGAAACAGGUGUUAUAAUUUCCUUCUGAAAGCAGGACAGCUGUUAAGUUCUUGUAGCAAAUAGAUAAGUUCUAAUAAGUCACUCUUGGGAGCAUUUAAAGAAUUGAAUGAAACGCAGGUAUUAAAAUAGCUGCUUGUAUCUAGUCCAUGUUAAUGCAACAUGUGAAAAAACAAUGAGAAUAAUGCCUGUAUUGAACAGUAUCAAAUAGAUGUAGUUUGUUGUAGCAAUAAUAAAGCAACAAGCUCUAGAAUCAAUUAUUAAUUUCUGAGCAGAGUGCUUUAACUCCAUGAUUACGGGAAUGGAGCUAUAAAUAAUGAGCGCCAUCUUUGUGCCCGUCCCACAAGGCCUGCUCUUCUACCCAGGUGCCCCGUUUUUAUAGUGCUUUGGAAUAUGGUUUGUAUGUGUAAAUUGUAUUACUCUACUGUACAAUAACACAUCACAAUAAAAUGCAGGGUUUAUAAUUGUAUCACAGUAAUACGCAGUUUAUAUGAGGGUAUCACAGAGCUUCUAGUAAUAACACUAUCAAAUCACUUGUAAAACACUAUUUAAAAUGUAUUUCAUAUGUUUAUCAUUAAAUUUGUAUAAAUAAGAUAAUUUCUUUCUAAGUUCUAUUUCACCGAUUCGAGUAAAUCCAAAUUAAAAGAUUAUGGUGAUCGGUUUAGUGAUAAUGCAGUAACUACCCAUUAUGUAUGCUUGUUUUAUAUUGUAAUAAAACAAGACAUUUCUAUAAACAAUAGUCCCCACCCCAUCCAUUUUGUGGAAGAGAUUUUGCAUUGCCAGACAGAAGAGAAAUCCUGCUUUAGCUCUUUGUACUUCACUAUGUUUUAUACAUCAAAUCCUGAAUCGGCUUUUGAUUUAUUUUUAUUAAGCUUUUGAAAUCUAUAAUUAUUCGUUUUAUUGCAUUUAGUCGGCAAGGUGCCUUUAAUUAGACUCCUUCUCUGUUGUCUGCUACCCACCCAGAAUCACGUUUACACUGUAAUCGCAUCAAGCUAGCAUUAUUUUCUAGACAGAAGAACCUCUGAUAAAAUUCUGUCACUUUCAGAACUCCCAUGAUUGUCCCACCAUUUGCAACAGACGGGGUUAAUCGAGAUGGGAAAAAAACUCUCCCAGGAUGCAUUUUUCGUUUUUGUUAUUCUGAUCUCAAGUUUGAGUUUCAUUCUGAAUGUGCUAUAAUUCUAUUUAGUGAACGCCCCUCAAUGCAAGAAGUCUGGGAAUGGAUGACAGUCACGCAGGGGCAGAGACUGCGGACACACCUUAUGCUGCAUGUCUGUAUCUCAGAAUUUGCUUUCCUUUCAGUCUUUAUGGUCACAGAGAACAAAACGCCUGAAAACAAGCAAAAAAAAUAAAAUAAAAGCCCUGUACUAUUGUUUUCUAGAUUGUCUGUCUUUGCCUCUGUACUGCAUGCUUCAUAUGGAUAUUCCAAAUCAAAUCAGAGCAUUAGGCUUCCUGAAUGCAGAGUUCUAAGUUCAACUCGUGUUACAUGAUUGGUGUGAUGUAAUACAGUGGAACAUGUGCCAAAGGUCACGAGAAAAAGGGAAUGGGGGCCUUAGUUAAUAUGCACAACAAAGAAGCAAUUAAAGCUAUUUUUGUAAAUUGCAUUUCAGUUGCAUAAAUUAUUAAUGGUUAGUCAGCUAAGAUUUCUUAGCCAGCCUUCCAGUGGAAACAUUCCCACUCACACCCCUUAAAGUAAAGUGUCCUUCUGUCUGUUUAGAAUGUUGGGAGUUAUGUGUAAUGUGUGUAUAAGGCCUAGCUCGGGGCUCUCUUUGUGGGCAAUCUGGUGGAAGUAAGGCAGGCGAGGAGUGGCGCCUGAGAAGUCACACUAUUCUUUUUUUUUUUUUUUUUUUAAACUCUUUAUUUUUCAUAGAAAAAGGAAGUGCAUAGGUGUGCCAGUGACUGGGCUUACGCAGAAGCCGCGAGAGUGAUGCAUAUGUGAAUGAUAAUAUGUAGGCUUACGCAGAAGCCACCAGAAAAGUGCAUAAAUGUGUGACAAUGGAUAGGCUUACGCAGAAGCCGCGAAAGAAGUGCGUACUUAUGCUAGUACAUUGGCUUACGUAGAAGCCGCAUUGCAUUUUCAUAUGGUUCCAUUACACAUUGGCGAGGGUGAUUAUGUCAAGGCAAGAGUUACGAUCACUGUCGCCCCUGGUCUCAUCGGCGGUUAAUUCGUCAUCUCUCGGUAUGCUGAGAUAACUCUGCAUGGUUUGUCAGUGAGGUCUUGCCUUGAAUGCCUAUGUCACUGCAAUUAGUAUGGUUUUGGAAGUCACACUAUUCUUAAACGAUUUGACUGCCUACGAUUGGGGGGGUGAGGGGGGGGGGGGGGUUGAGCCACUGCUGGCACUAUAACUAUAACAGUGCAAUGUAUUGCUUAUGGAGCUUGGUGUUCCUUUUAGGGAUAACUAUGAAUAAAAGUACUAACAUAAACACCGACUUACAUGCUAUACAUUCAUUUUUAUUUGUAAACUUAUCGUGGCUGUAUGAGCCCAUUCAGCCACCUAUAGUGUGGGAUAGGAUAGUAUAGUAGAGCUGAGCUAUUGCAGUGCAAAGGAAAUGCUGAGUGAUGGGGGAAAACACGAGGAGGUAGGCAUAUGGAGAAGUAUUAAGGGAGGAUUCCUUGCUCUAUAGCCAAUGCAAAGAAACAUAGGUUAUUAUGGUGCUUGGAUUGUCUGACACAACAUGAGAAGUGUAUCACUUCUCCGCAGUAUACUAAGCAUUGUUGGAAAAGUAACUUUUUUUUUCUGUAAAUUAAGUUGUUUCUGAUACAUAGCAAAGGCUUCUUGUAAAAUUGGUCUGUUUUCUCACUCCUAGCUUCAAUAAAGGGUUAUCUCUAAAAUUGUUGUUUUACAUUUAAAGGAACAAUGUAGUCACCUAAACAAAUUUAGCUUAAUGAAGCAGUUUUAGUGUGUAGAUCAUGAGGCUCAGGAUUUACUGCUCUAUUCACUGCGAUUUAGGAGUUAAAUCCCUUUGUUUCUAUUAAUGCAGCCCUUGUCACAACUCCCCUGACUCUGAUUGACACAGACUGCAUGACAAAAAAAAACUGGUUUCACUUUCAAUCAGAGAGAUACAAAUGUAGUUAAAUUGCAUCUCUCUCUCUCUCUCUCUCUCUGUAAAUUGAACUUUAAUCACAUACAGGAGGCUCUUGCAGGGUCUAGCAAGCUAUUAACAAAGCAGUGUAUAAGAAAAUCUAAAUUAAACAGAACUUAAUAAAGGAAGUAUAAACUUUAGAUGACUCGUUACAGGAAGUUUUUAGGAAGGAUGUGAAAGUCAAAUGCAGAGAGGUGUGACUAGGGUUCAUAAACAAAUUGAUUUAACUCCUAAAUGGCAGGGACAUGAUCUAUACACCAAAACAGCUUCAUUAAGCUAAAGUUGUUUUGGUGACUAUAGUGUCCCUUUAAGAAUUACGGUCAGGUUUAAAGGAUUUUCUUUACCCAUUAUACAAGUGUUUCAUGCAGAAACCUGUUGGAUCUACUCUAAUAACAUCAUUUUUUUUUUUUUUUCUGUUGCAGUGAGAUAUGGUGAAGGCUUAUACGAUUCCUAUAUGAGACUUGACCAAGCCACAGCACAGGAUGCUGCAGUGGACAAAGAGAGCCCCUCUGCACUGCCUUCUAUCGGGAGACUUACUGUAAGUAGUACAAUAUGCCUUGCGACUGUUGUCCUUUUAUCAUCUCUAAAUUUAAAAAAUAAAUAAAUAAAAUUUGUUAGCAUGCUCUGUCUGUCUAUCCAUCUAUCUAUUGUGUGUAAUUGUCUUAUGAAUGGAGUACGUUUGAGGUUCUGCAUACUAAUGCAUACUAAUAUAACAUUAAAGGACCACUAUAGUGCCAGGAAAACAUAUUCGUUUUCCUGGCACUAUAGUGCCCUGAGGGUGCCCCCACCCUCAGGGUCCUCCUCCCGCCGGGCUCUAAGGGGUGGAAGGGGUUAAACUUACCUCUUUCUCCAGCGCCGGGCAGGGGACUCUCCUCCUCGGCUGAAUGCGCAUGCGCGGUGCGAGCCGCGCGCGCAUUCAUCCAGUCCAUAGGAAAGCAUUCACGAUGCUUUCCUAUAGACGCUGGCGUCUUCUCAUUGUGAAAAUCACAGUGAGAAGCACAAAAGCGCCUCUAGCGGCUGUCAAUGAGACAGCCACUAGAGGCUGGAUUAACCCAUAUAUAAACAUAGCAGUUUCUUUGAAACUGCUAUUUUUAUAGAAAAACAUAGCUGGACCUGGCACCCAGACCACUUCAUUAAGCUGAAGUGGCCUGCGUGCCUCUAGUGGUCCUUUAAACAUGCACACUGUUUAUUUUCUUGAGAAAUGCUGCUUUGUUUAGACAACAUUUUGGUGUAUCUAGUCUUGGGAUUACUUGAAUAUUUUCAAAGCGUGAGGUUUUGCAUGAUUCUAAUACGGAAGUUUUUCUUGGUCCUGUGUGCAAGAUUAAUACCUACGAGGAUAUAUAUAUAGAUAUACAUGAGACUGAAUUCUGGUAGAAGUAUUUAUUUUGCCUUCCUUGUCAAGUAAAAUGUUUUCUCUUGAUCUGUUGCUAAUGAAGUAAACAGCAUUGCUAGCCAUUUCAUAGGUCAUUAGCAAAACAAAGAGACAGAUCAUUUAACAGACACCACAAUAUGUGUGUUACUAUGGAGAGUUUGUGUCCUGACUGUAUAGUUUAUGCCAGAAGCCACCAUAGAAUGAAAGCUUGCGUAUGUUGCUCAUGCCAAGGCAACAUUUUGUAUUUUUGUCUCUUCAGCCCUUUUAUUUCAAUACAUUCCCUUCAGGGUUAACUGUGUGGUAUUGUGUAAAAACAAACCUUGGUUCAGAGUGUUUUUAUACAGUACACAUACUCAGUGGUACGUGCUCAGAAUUUAUGUAAGUCCUGCGAUUUGUAUUCAACUGUUUUUGGCAGGCAUUAUAAUAAAUGUUUACAAAUAAGGGCCUUUUAUUCUACAGAGCAUUGUUAUUGUGAAUCCGUUAAUACAGCAAAAAAACAAUGGUCAUAAUGUUGGCUUUUUUUUGUUAGCAUAGCAGUAAGAUGCAUUUAAAAUAGGUUAUAUCAUUCUUCCUUCCUUUAAUGAUUAGAACAGAACUGACUUACGUGUAACUGACCUUUGCAUUCUUAUUGAAUGAGCAUUUUGUAAGUUGUUUUUUUCCAGAAAUGUUUUUGCUAAACCCAGAAUCCUAAUGAAAUGUUCUGAGCUUUUAAACCAGGGGUGCCCAAAAUGUAGAUACCCAGAUAUUGUAGAACUUCGACUCCCAUGGUGCUUUUGCAUGCCUUUAGACUGACAAAGCAUCAAGGAAGCUUUAAUUUUAAAACAUCUAGGGAUCUACAUUUUAGGCAUCCCUAUUUUAAACCAUUAAGAAAAAAUGCAAGCUUUAGUGUUAAUGUUCAGAUUUUGUAAUAGCCUUUUUUUGUAAUGGGUUUGAAAAAUGUGCUUUUUUUUCAAUAACAAUACAAUUCUUAAAGAAACACUACAGUCACCAGAACCACUACAGCUUAAUGUGCAGCACCUACAUUCAGUGUCUCCCCACUCUGCAUGGAGGUGCUGAACGUUCCCCAUAGAGUUGCAUUGAUUUAAUGAAUAUCUAAGGAUGAUGCUGAUUGGUGCAGUAUUUUGCCGCGCAUGUUCAAUAGCAUCCAAAUGCUUAUUAGCAUUGGAUUGGCUGAGAUCAUCAAGAUUGGUAAUUUAGGCUAUGUAAGUGGACAAUCUGCUGUGGAAUUGGGGUGGCAGGCAGCAGAUAGAACUACAUGGGGAUAGAGACAGGACGAGGAGGGAAUGGACUGACAAAUCCCGACCUGGCACACAGGAUUUAUAUAGAUGCACUGGUUUUGCAUCGUUUCCUAAAUUGUGUACCAAACAGUUGUAUACUGCAAACACAGAUUAAAAGGAAUCCAUGUUUAAAACUGAAUGAGGCAAAAAUGUGAUUCUGUUAAACUAAUUUGCAUAUCCCCACCCAGAAUCAUUUGCGGUUGUAACAUCACUGCAGAUUUGGGAUUUCUGUGGGAAAAGUAAGUCUUAUGGCUUAACUGGCAUGCAGAUUUUUGUUGAACAUUGUAUUAACUAUCCACAGACAUCAGGUGGAAGGGGUUUUCAAUCACAAUGUUUCGCCAACAUAACCUGUUUGGAUAUAUAUAUAUAUAUAUCCAUUUUUAUUUUUAUUUUUUUUGAGCCAGCCCAACUUCAGUGGGUAAAUUGAAAACACUCUGCACACAUUUCAGAGAUAUGUGAUGUUUACAGACCAAUGUGGCCUUUAUAUCAGCUUUACUUGAAACAUGUUCUAUGGUAUUUCUCUGCUGUCCAUCACUGUCCUAUGUCUCACACUUUAGUUCGCAUCUCUUGGCACAGAGAACCGCAUUGGUGCAAAUCCAUGCAUGAGAUGUGUUUUUAAUUCCUCUGCUGCCAGUGCGGACAGUGCCGCUCUAACUUAAGAUGUCUUAGAUGUCUUGCCAAUCUGCCUUUUUAAACUGUAGUCUCUCACAUUUACCUUGCUAUUUCCAACACUACUCAGUAAAUCCCAUCCUUAUCAUAUGCACCAUAUCCCCACCCCUUUGUUGUCUUUCUCAAUCUUGUCCAUCUUCACCUCCCUUUCCUACUGCAAUCAUACAGGGAUCCCAAUUAAGCUGUCCAACUAUUUGAUCACUGUGCUGUGUGCAUACAUAUUCAUAGUACUGCUACUGCUAGGAGACUACAUUGAUGGCUCAGCAGGGAAAUUAUAUUUCCCUGUGAUGUCCAUGGGAAGGGGUGGAUCCAAAUCAAUGGAAAAGAUUAAAGAUGAAGAUAGUAAUCACUGUAAUGACUUAAAGGAAAAAUUUCAGGUAAUUUCGUAGCACCAAUACCAUAAUCCUUUAGUGAUGAUGGUCCUUAGGAUUGGUUACCCAUUAUAGCAUAGUUGGGAAUAGGACUGCAACUUUCAAAUGUCCAAAAAUGAUCUAUGCAGCAUGACGUACAGAAUAAGCCUUACUGUAAGUAAGUCAAGCUGCCUGCUUAAAUGCAUGCAUUUUUCAUUGUACCAGGCGUGUGGAAAGUAAAAAAAAAAUAAAAAAAUCUACUUGUCCAUGGGAAUAAAGUGGACGGUAACCAAAACCACUUGUUUUGACUAUUUAUUAAUGCAUGGUUAGUCCAACGGGGGUUAAAAUUCCAUAGUGGUUCAGCAUGGGUGAAAACUAAUUAGUGGUUUAGUGAGGGGGCCUGGAGCUGCCUGAGGGCGCUUUACUUUGCAUGUGUCUACUAAAGAUAUAUUUUUUUUAAUUUAAAAAGGGUAUGAAGAACAGUAGGACUGGGCGGACAGCAGGAUACACAGCAGGGAGCACAUUGCAGUUGCUUCUGCUUCUGAGCCUCAUGCUGCCCCCCAGCCUACAGGAGGAGGAGAACAAUCCAGGCGGGAGGUACAUCACCGGCUUAAGAGAAAUGCUGGAAAUACUGUGGUAUGUACAUCCACGGGGUGCAGACCACAGUAAUCACUAUUUCGCGCUCCAGCACUCAUUAGUAAUUUCUGGACUGAGAGGGAGCCAUUAAGGUGGUCUGCACCACUGCAGGUAGAAACCACACUCUCUCUGGCCCAGCCAUGUGCCCCUGUAUCAACACGAACUAAAGGGGGAGGGUCUUUCUGUCCUGCCUUAGGGACAGGCAAAAUAAAUUCUGCUUGCCUUUUGCAUGUUAUCAGGAUUUACUUUACUAAAUGACAGUUCUUCCUAAAUCAAACAGACCGCUAUGUGUUUAUUACCAGCAUUCGUUUUUGCGAUUGGUUUCUUUGAAAUGGCUGUUCUGUAAAUGAAAAAGGAAAUUCCCUGUGACUCCUACAAUGAGCAUAAUUCAGCAGUCUUGCCUGGUUUCACUUCCUCUUAACCCUGUAGUGUGUGUUACUCACCAUAAAUCCGUCAUGCUGUAUGGAUCUACAGCUUUUUUUUUUUUUUUUUUGUCUUCGGCAGAAUAUCCUCACGUAACCCCUGAGGUGAACAGCUGUGGAUAACAAAACAUAAAAAAAGAAUAGAUGAUCAUAUUUGUGAACUUCCACAAAUAUUGAAGCAUUGCAAAAUGUUAAUAAUGAUCUACUUUGCAACUAUCCAGAUUUCCUCAAAAAAAGUAAACUUUAAAUGUGUUCUUAAGAAUUUGUAAGAUUCUAUUUAAUGAGAUUUUUAAGUGCAACAUCUGUUGUUUUAAUGUAUUUUGUAGGAUGCAUUUAAAGGGGCACUAUAGUCUCCAGAACAACUACAGAUACAGCAAAUAUCACAGCUUAAUGUAGUUGUUCAGAGAAAAGGCCGUGUUAACAUUACUGCCUACAGACACCUCCAGUUGCAGUCACUCAGACGGACACUAGAGGUGCUUCCUGGGUCAGUGCUGCACAAAAUGCAGCACUGUCGUUCAGUGUCUUGACUCUCUGUGAUUCAAUGCAUCUUUAUGAGGAGAUGCUGAUUGGCCAGGGUGGAGUUCGGCUCCGCUCUCACACCGCCUCUUUGGCUGAGAUCUUCAAAAUUGACGAUUGUCAAUUCUGAUGAUCUCAACCAAGGAGGCAGAUCGGGGCAGGGCCAGCACUGGCGGUAUAGUGCGGGCCUACAAUAAAAGUAAGUAAACAACUUAUAUGGGGGGAAGAGGGUGGGGCUGGGGACCCAAAUAGUGUUGUGGUGUCAGGAAUUUGUUCACAGUGGAAAGUAUUUCUUGGGCAUACAAUAGAUAGGAUGGAAUAUGUAAAAACCUUUCAGUUCUCACGAGUGCUGCUUGCUUACAGGUAUGUGUAAGGAAUUUGAGUCUGUUUUGAAAGACUGAGAAAUUGGCUUCUUAAUUUUACAGGUAUUUGUGUUUGUAAGUAUUGCAGCUCACUUAGUACUUGUGAUUUGUGCUUAUAGUAUUUUUUUCCUUGCUGUCAAUUUCUAGUUUGCACUAUACUAUAAUAGCAAGUAUUGCAGAUUUCUGUACAGAUUGGAUAGAGGGGGAGGGGGAGCUUUGGGUGUUAUGCAAAGGGUCAAUUUACAGUAGCAGAGAAGAUUAACUUUGUUUGGCUGCAGGGUGAGACUCCUGGUGGGAUCAGUUGGGAAAUGUGGCUAUUUAUAUAUUGUAUUGCAAAACAAAACCUGUCCAUGUAUACAAAGGGUUAGGGGUAGGACGCAUACUUCUAAUUCAUGUAUUCAAAAGUAAACAUAAGUUUAAACGUGUGCAUAAACACACAUUUUUUGUUUAUUCUUUUGAGAAUUUGUGUUCCAUAUAUAUUCUAUAAAUAAAAUAUAAAAUUUCUCAAGUCUAUAAAGGCUAACUUGCCAAUGUCUGAGCCCUAUAUAUCUCUCUCUCGGUAUACAUUCGUAUAGGUUUAUAAUAUUAUAUAAUUGUAUAUAUACAGGCCUCCAAACAGUCUAACUAUUGAUGGACAGGCCCCCGAAAUUGCUUUAGUUGCCUGGUGUCCCGCCUCUGUGGUCACUAGGAUAAUGCAGGGCCAGUUCAGUACCCCCGGGGUCACUUGAUUCCCCAGUCCUGAUUGUUGGAAGAAAUGUAUUUAUUAUAAAAACUGUUGUGUUUGUUUAUAUGUAUAGAGCGAAAUAUAGGUCUCAAAACCAAUGGCAAGUAGAAAUAUAGACUUAAGGUAUGCGCCUUCAUGACUGCACGUUAAAGUGUACCUGUCAUAGUACACACAAAGUAGGCUCAUUAAAAAAAAAUUUUUUUUUCUUUACUUCAUCUAUACUCUGUGCGAGCAGAGAUGCUGGGAAAUGUAUAGAAUGUAAUUUAAGGUCCUUUCAAAUGUUGGUCCCUCCUUAGCAGCCAAUCAAAUCCUCAGCCAACCCUGUCUGCCUCUUGCUGGGGUUGUAUGGGAUGUGCAUGCUGGCAUCAGCAUGAAGGAUGGCCCUGCUUGGGAAAGUGCCUCUAGGUAGGACCAAACAUAGCAGGCAGGGGGCAGCAAUGGAGAGUGGGUUUUAGAAUGGUGGUACUUGCUUAAGGGGCUACAAGAAAGUAAUAUUUUAACUAGUCACAAAGCAGCUAAAUAAACCAGUCAUUUAUCACUACAUUUAGUGCCCUGGGAGCUGUCAUUGCUUUAGGUGAACAUACAGUGACAGAUUCACUUAAAACCAGAGAAUUGAGCAGCUGUAUGAGAUCAGAAUAGCUCUGGGCCCUUAAGCCCCACUGUCUCGUUUCUUUUUCUCUUGUCCACUAGUAGACAGUUGCUUUGCCAACUCUAAUGGGAAUUCAUUUUUUUCUGCUCAUAAAUUCGUAACAUUGCAAGGAAUAACCAGACAAAGAAAUAUUGAGUUAUUUACUAAAGUGAGAAUAAAAAGUGAAUUCAAAGUUGAAGGGACACUCAACUACCCAGAUACAAAAUAAAUACAAAUCACUGUUUAGUAAAUAUACCUCAGUGAAAAAAUAAAUGCAGAAUCAAAUGCAUGUGAGUGUUAAUUUGGCAUAUAUCUAAAAACAGAUUGCAAAACUGGCAGUUGUCUUGUCUGCAGUCUUUGCAAUCCCUCCCUUUCUAAUCCCACCCAGACUUUCUGUGGCUGUCCAAUCACAGACAUUACAAUGCAGCUCAAUGAGAAGUCUUUGCAAGGCAGGUGCUCUGAGUAUUUGCUGAGGUAACCAAACCAGGAACUAACAGGCCCUGUUGUCUACUUAAAAGCCAAGGGGGUGUAACCAGGUUAAUUUAUAAAACUGUAAAUUUCUGUGAAAUCUGUAAUUUUUGCAAAAUUAAAUAAAGAAGACACUCUCUUCACACAUAAGGCUUUUCAGCAAGUGCUUCAGGGGUCUGGAGUGUUCCAUUAUUAAAAAAAAGUAAAAAAAAAAAAAAAAAAAAACAGGUCAGAGUAAAUAACCCCUAUGUUAAGGCUAAACUUGAGUUUAUUUUUUCUUUCUUUUCUUCUAUUUAUCUAGCAGUUUAAAACUCUGCAGACAGUGUUUGCAUCUGUUUGUUAUCCACUAGCGCUAACCCAACAUAGGCAUCAUUCAUGGACACUGUAGGCACCCAGACCUCUUCAGCUCAUCAGCUUAGCUUCGCCUCAUCUGGGUAGGGUCCCUAUUGCCCUUAUUGCUGCAAUGUUAAACAUUGCAGAUCCAGAGAAACUGUAAUGUUCACAUUGCAUCACUAAGUCUGGCUCUAGUGGCUAUCUCCCAGACAGCCACAGGGGGCGCUUCAUGGAUCAAAAAGUACCUUUGGUCCAUCCAGCAUCAGAUUUUUUUUUCCCAUAGGAAAGCAUUGAUUCAUUGCUUUCCUAUGAGAUGGUCUAAUGCGAGCGCUGCAUUCGCCGAGCGUGCGCAUUAGCGCUCCAUAGUCGCUAGACGCCGGAGGGGGCGGAGCGUCGACCCAGCGCUGAGGGACAUCAGCGUUGCAAUCAGGUAACUAAAAAGCUUUGCAUUCCUGGCACUUUGCCAGCCUAACUGAUUUAUAGGGGAAAAAAGAUCAUAAAUAAGUUCCCCUCUGCAUUUCAUUAUACAUGUAGAUGUUAAAGGGACAAUAUAGUCACCAGAACAACUACAGCUUAAUGUAGUUGUUCUGGUGAGUAUAAUGAUUAUAUGUAGGCAUUUUCAUGCAAACACUGCCUUUUCAGAGAAGAUGGCCACUGGAGAUGCUUCCUGGCUCAGUGCUGCAUAGUAGGCAGCACUGCCGUUUAGUGUUUCCACGCUCUGCAUGAGGACGCUGAAUUUACCUCAGAGAGAUGCAUUGAUUCAGUGCAUCUCUAUGAUUAGGUGCUGAUUAGCCAAAAUGGUGUUUGGCCCCGCCACAUCUCGUCUCCUUGCUGAUUUCAGACAAUCCAAUGCUUUCGUUGUGGGAAAACAUUGGAUUGGCUACAAAUAGGCAAUUCUGAAGAUUUCAUCAAGGGGGCAGGGCCAGCGCCCGUGGACCCGUGCGGUGCUGAAAAUAAGGUGCGUUUUAUUACUUUUUGAGGCGAGCCAUCUAAAUGAUGGGUUUAGCAAUAUAGGUUCAGGAAUACAUGUUUGUGUUCCUGACCCUGUAGUGUUCCUUUAAUUGACACAUCACAUUGGAAUGAACAAUGUAUGAGUUAGCUAACUGAAGUCGUGUACUACAAAAUAUAUAUAUAUUUUUUUUUAUACACAUUCAGGGUUUACUAAAGUGAGAAUAGUCAGAAAUUCAAAGUGAACUUACAUUUUAGACCACAGUAUCUGAACUGGAGAUCAAAUAACCUGGAGAAUUUGCCAAUUCAACUAUGCAGGCAUUCAAUUUCAAAUUAAUUUUGAAUUCCCAAUUCUUUGAUUCUGGCAAAUUAUGUCAAAAUUAUAGUUUAAAAAAAAUAAAUAAAACAAUCCUUUUCUAUUUUCAUACAUCAAGAUUGUGUCCAGCUUGUAAAAUGUAAAUUGAGUAGAUGAUAAAAGUGCAGAUUUGGUUCAGUGUUAUUGAUACCAACCCUCGUCUUAUUGUACACACCAUGGCUCACAGUUUUUGUGAAGCUGACAGCCAGCUAUAACUGUCUUUCCCUUCAAGAUAUUCCAGGAAUUAUUUCUUAAUGUUUACUCCCUGUCAGUCUUAAAUGCUGGCUGGGAAAGAGUCUUCCCGACAAAAUAUAUUGCCAAAUCUGUUAGCAGUGUGUUUUUUAUACCUUCUUUAACAAGCACCCUGUUCUGGAAAGCAUUCCCGAUCUUGUCCCUAAGCCACUUGUGUCCUGUAACUAAGUCAGUUGUGUUGCCUAGAUUGUCCCUAUUUCCCUGCAGUGAUGCAAUAAGUGUUCUUGCCUUCCUGGCAAAAGUGUAUGUGAUCGAAGGCACUAUUCUCCUAUAUCCUUCAUUGCUAGAAAUACAGCUAUGAUGAGCAGACGUGGAUAUUUGCUGAUCGCCAGUAAGUGAUGAUUUGUUUCUCCUGUAAGUACUUUGAUUUAUAGAUGAAUGCUGAUUACUGAAAAAUAAUGAAAGGAUUUGCUGUUUUCCCUAGAAAAUUGGCAGAUAUCGCCACAUCAUAUAUUUCAGAAAUAUAUUUUUAACUAGUUAACUGUGAAAGUACAGGUGCCUCAAUACCAUUGUUUUAUUCAACAUGACUCAUCGUGCAGAAUUUCACACACCUUAUCUUAUAUGUUUGCUGUAUCAUAGCAACAAAGUAAGUGGUUUGCUCCUAAUGCGUAUAAAGAACAGCUUGCUAUCAAAUAUUCUGGAUCUUAUAUUACAGUGUGUUGUGUGGGAGAACCUCCUGCCAAGUCGAUCACUGAACUUUUCUACUGUGGAGUGUCCAACCCUGCUAUUUUAACUGACAGGGCCCAGCAUCCACCCCUGACUACCUGUGUGCUUUCUUUGUUUCCUGCUGAUAAGAAUCUCUUGUAAUUUAAGCAUCCCCAAGUACCUGCUGGUAUUCGCAACUAACCAAACUCUUUCUAAGACAUCGCCAUCAAGAAUUCAUUCGAGUUCAGAGUUCUUAAUGGUACUUUCGAGAACAUGCAACAAUUGAUAUUAUUACAAAGUCUGCUAAAUCUUUAUUUUCUGUAUACAAAUGUGAAGGCUUGGCCUGCAGUUGCGGGAGGGGCAUGUUAACCUACUUAAACCCCCUCCUCACCUUCCUCAGUCCCGUUCGUUUUUUGGCGAUUCGCAUGUCCCCAUCCUCCACUUCCUUUAUUUAUACUUUUCAUUACAUCUCAUUGAUGGGCCCUCUUUUAUUACAGGCCUACCACGACGUCGGUUCCGGCACACCACAACCGACUUAUUCCCUGCCCCCCCCCUCCCCCCCCCUUCUUAUUUCUUUUACGGCCUUAUUUGCCCCUCACACAACUAUUUUUUGUUUAUUUGUUGUUACUGUAUGUGAUAUUUUAAUUUAUUUGCUGUCGCUGUGACGCAAACACAUGACACAGGUUUGCCUUGGUAAAAUUACACUUGCAAUAUAAUGUGCCAUUACAGUUUGAAAAAGGUAACCAGUUUACCAAACCUUAAAAAAAACUUUAGUGAGCUGUUAUUUAAAAGUUUUUAGUUUUUUUUCCUUCUGGUGAGCAUGUCCUUCUGUACAGGCAAGGCCAUCACUAUGCUUAGACUUUCUGACCUUUGGUCCUUGUAUUCCAAGAUUAGUAUUUCCAAAGUGGAUUGGUUUGCUGAUUCUUAAAUGGACACUAUAGUCACCAAAACAACUUUAGCUUAAUGAAGUAGUUUUGGUGUAUAGAACAUGCCCCUGCAGUCUCACUGCUCAAUUCUCUGCCAUUUAGGAGUUAAAUCAAAUUGUUUAUGCAGCCCUAGUCACACCUCCCUGCAUGUGACUUGCACAGCUUUCCUUAACACUUCAUGUACAGACUCCUCUAAUGUUUCUACUUCCUAUAUUGCAGAUUCUGUUUAAUUUAUAAUUUCUUAUAUCCUGCUGUGUUAAUGCUAAACCUUGCAGGAGUUCAAUUUACAGAGCAGGAGAUAAAAACAUUUAAAGUAAGUUACAUCUCAUUGAAUGUAAAAACAUUUUUCAUGCAGGCUGUCAGUCACAACCAGUGGAGGUGUGGCUUGGGCUGCAUAAACAGAAACAAAAGUGAUUUAACUCCUAAAUGGCAGAGAAUUGAACAGUGAAACUUCAGGGACAUCAUCUAUACACAAAAAUUAAAUAACGAUCCCCUAGGUUCUGACCCCCAUGUUCGGAAACGUGAAGCUUUUGUCAUCUCUUGUUGUUGAUUAUUUAAUCAUUUUUUUUCCUACUCCGUUCUCAACCAUUCGUGACAUAUCCCUCUCCUCAAUUUCUCACACUUUCCUCUAUUCUCCUAUCAUACACCCUGAACUUUACCUCCCAGCUGUCGUGUCCACCUGCCUUUCUCCCCCUCCCCCCUCUUUUUUUUUUUUUUUGCAACUACUUAGUUUCCCCACUCUGUCUCAUUCUUCUUGCUCACUGUUCCUGUUCAUUUUUCUGUUUUGAUAAAGUGAGACUAUGCUUUGGUAUACCGUAUUAGUCAGAUGGCCCUUUGCCAUUAAAAGUUCUUCUCUCCUGAUGCCUCGUUUAAUAAGUCACGUUUGUGGAUCUGUGUUUCUCUGAGAAGCUUUGAAAUCUCAGCCUCACAUUGACUUAAAAGGGAUGAUGCAUGAAGCUUACGCACAGUCCAUUCUGGCAGGAACAUUCAUUCAUGAAUCAUAUCCCUGCUUACAGUCGGCCUGUGCACACCAGCGGGCUCCUGUAUCCAGGCAGGAAAUCUUUGUAAAUUAGCAAUGUCCUGCCAUGCUCCACCCCAGCCUGGUUUAUUUAUACAUUGGCUCUUUUUAGCUAGCUGCUAUUCCUUGUUCCUGUUGAGGUUUUUUUACAUAGUCAGCAUUUCAAGUUUGCCACCACUUGCUAUAAUGGGAAGCAGAUGUCAUUGCUUGAGUAUUUGCAGCGCCCAUCUAACAAGUGUUUACAUCCAGUAUGUAACCAAAGGAUUCUCAUUUCAAAUUGCUGGGAGAAUGAAAGAUAUUAAUAGCAUCUUUUUAUUGGAUGAUUUUAUUAGCGUCUAUUCAUCCAAAUAUAACAGUGUAGAUUAGCAAGUAUGAAUACAUGAAAUGAGAUGUCUGCAUUCAAUGGGGCCAAUAUUUAGAGACUCAUAUUGGUAAUCUGCAGCUUGUACUAAGCAAUCCUAAGAAAACCGUGCAUAUAUAUCAGUUACGGAUUCUGCAGCAAGAUUCUUCUCACUAGUUUAACGGAACACUGUAGCAUUAGGAAUACAAACCUAUAUUCUUAACGCAAGGGUCUCCUAGUGACAGAUUACUUUUAGGUCCUGUUUGUGUAACAUGCUAAACAAACCAACAAAAACGGAUUUAAUUAAGGACCUAAUGCACAUGUACACACAUCCAAUAAUGCUUCACAUAGGAAAUAAUUGAACUCCGUGCUAUCCUAUGAGCUGCAUUAGUAACACGUCAUUUUUGCGGAAGCACCACUAGUGGCUUUCUGAAAGAGUUUUGUUUUAACGCUGCAAUGUAAACAUUGCUAUUUCUACAAAAUUGCAGGGUUCGAACACCAGAUUGCACUCUGUAUUCCUAACUAGUACUAGUAGCCUCCACUCCGUUCAGCAUUCAAAGGAUUAAAAACUUUUUUACUUACCUUGAUUUUCGGUGCUGUUGACCUCUCCUCCCCAGGCAAUGUCACAGAGGAGACAUGGUCCAACCCAAUGCUCAUCAUAUAGGAGGGGACCUAUUGGGCAUGCGCAAUGAGCGCCAAGCACACAUACAAAUUUUCUUAUAGGAAAGCAUUGAAUCAAUGCUUUCUUAAGGGGCAAUCACAUCACUUGACCAAGUUUUACUUGGUCAGUGCAGGGGAAAUGCCUCUAGAGGCAGUCUUUACCUUGCAAUAUAAAAAUUGCAGUUUCUUAAAAAGGGUAAUGUUUUACAUUGCAGAGUGAAGAGGCAGGGACACUGCAUGAAGUGGUCUGAGUGCCAGUAAUGUGCCUUUAAAGUAAAUAUGUCAUGCACAGAUCAUGUGAACAAUUAUGUCUUUAAAGGGACACUAUAGUCACUAGAACUACUACAGCUUAACGCAGUUGUUCUGGUGAGUAUAAUCAUUGCCUUCAGGCAUUUUCAUGCAAACACUUCCUUUUCCAUAAAAAUGCAGUGUUUACAUUGCCCCCUAGGGACACCUCCAAGUGGCCACUCCUCAGAUGGUGAACAAUAAGCAGCCCUUCCGUUCAGCGUCUCUGCGCUCUGCAUGGGGACGCGGAAUUUUCCUCAUAGAGAACUAUUUCUUCUGUGCAUCCCUCGAAGGAGGUGCUCAUUAGCUAAAACAGCAUUUGCCCCGCCCCAUCCCACUUCCUAGCUGAUUUAAGCUAAUUCCAUUUUUUUCCCAUGGGGAUAGUAUUGGAUUGGCAAAAAAAUCUGCAAUUCUGAUGAUGUCGCCAAGGAGGCAGAUCUGGGGCAGGGCCAGCAUCAGCGGACCCGCACGGCACCGGAAAUAAGAUGAGUUUUCACUUUUGCUAAAGUGACCUAAAUGGUGGGUUAACCACAAUAGGGUCAGGAAUACAUGUUUGUUUUCCUGACCCUAUAGUGUUCCUUUAACUACUGAAUGUGCAUUUAUCUCAUCCAUUCUGCUAAUGACAUCAUAUCUUUAUCUGAAAUUAGCUCACUGGAGACUUGCUCCAUGCAUGCAAGUGUGAUAAGUGUGAUAAGUGUGGCAGUGCAGUAAAGCUCAGGAAGAUCAGAGUAACACACAGCUUUUUUUAUUUUAUCCAUUUUUUAAAAUUUAUUUCCAUAUACCUCUACUGUUGGAGUAGUACAUGCUAAAGUUUUUUUCUAGAACUUUGUCAAAAUCAUAUUUUAUUUUUAUGUAUGUAUUCUGUGAUGGUGUAUGCUGUUGCAGCAUCUUGUAUAAUUCUUUAUUACUUAAAAUGUUUAUUGAAAAAUGCGUGAAAAUUGGUUCAGUGGGUAAUAGCUCAAAAAGCAAUCAUUAACUUUUAUCACAAAGAUUCAUUAUAUAUUUAAUUACUUUAGGAUCUGUUAAAGUGGUCUGGGUGCCAGGUCCAUCUAGGAUUAACCCUGCCUGCUGUAAACAUAGCAGUUUCAGAGAAACUGCUAUGUUUACAUAUGGGUUAAUCCAGCCUCUAGUGGCUGUCUCAUUGACAGCCGCUAGAGCCGCUUCCGCUCUUCUCACUGUGAUUUUCACAGUGAGAAGACGUCAGCGUCCAUAGGAAAGCAUUCAGCUGAUGACAACAGAAGGAGGAGGAGAGUCCCCAGCGCCGAGGGAGCCCGGCGCUGGAGAAAGAUGAGUAUUUAACCCCCUUCCUCCCCCUUCAGCCCGGCGGGAGUAGGAAUCUGAGUGUGGGGGCACCCUUAGGGCACUAUAGUGCCAGGAAAACAAGUUUGUUUUCCUGGCACUAUAGUGGUCCUUUAAUAUCUUCCUUAUCUCUGCACUGUAGCAGUGCUGCCAUGCUAGAGGAUGUGCUUAGUUUGGACAAAACUUUUAAAUACACCUUGCAUUCAUAACCUUUUGCCCUUAACUGAAUAACCCUGCAUACUUUUAGAGCAUGCUGACAAACUAAAAAUGUUCAGUUAUUUGUUGUUGUUAAUGAUUACUUUGAUAAUUAAAAGAAAACAAAAAACAAAGUGUAUUUAUAUACGUAUGUGUGUGUUUUUAUGUAUAUGUGUAUAUAUAAUGUUGUGUUUUUUUUCACAAUUCUUUCCCGUUUUACAUUUCUUAAUUACGUUUCUUAAUUGUAUUCAAUAUAAUUUUCACUAUUUAUUUUUCUUUUCUCAACAGAUAAGUGGAACUAAAUUUGCAAUGAAGGAUCAUCAACAAGUCAAAGUUCAGCAGUUGUUUGAAGACUCUGGCAACCGCAGAGUGGGUGCAGGAAUUCCUGGGCCUGACAGCACAUUCCCUGUGUUGACUAAAGAAAAGUCAUCAGACAGCUCAUGCACCUCAAAAUCCAGUGACAGUUCUACUAAAUCCUUAAAGACCACAUACCUAAAUCCUGAGCAGGCACUGAAGCAAUAUAAGCACCAACUGUCAACAUAUGAACAACAAGAAAUCCCCACUGUCAGUGAGGUCUAUUUUGUGGGUCCAAAUGCAAAAAAGAGACAAGGAAUUGUUGGGGGCCCAAACAAUGGAGGAUAUGAUGAUGACCAAGGAGGAUACCAUUUGGUUCCACAUGACCACUUGGCUUACCGAUAUGAGAUGUUAAAGGUCAUUGGGAAAGGAAGUUUUGGACAGGUUGCAAAGGUUUAUGACCAUAAGCUCCACCAGCAGGUAGCCCUGAAAGUGGUCCGUAAUGAGAAGAGGUUUCAUAGACAAGCAGCAGAGGAAAUCAGAAUUUUAGAACACCUGAAAAAGCAGGACAAGACCGGUAGCAUGAAUGUUAUACACAUGCUGGAGAGCUUUACUUUCCGCAACCAUAUCUGCAUGACUUUUGAGCUCUUGAACAUGAAUUUGUAUGAACUAAUUAAGAGGAACAAAUUCCAUGGUUUCAGUCUGCAGUUGGUUCGCAAGUUUGCCCACUCUAUUUUACAAUGUUUGGAAGCAUUACACAGGAACAAGAUCAUCCACUGUGACCUAAAGCCUGAAAACAUCCUCCUCAAACAGCAAGGUCGUAGUGGAAUCAAGGUCAUAGACUUUGGGUCGAGUUGCUUUGAGCACCAGAGAGUGUAUACCUACAUUCAGUCUCGCUUCUACCGAGCUCCUGAGGUUAUACUUGGAAGUCGUUAUGGAAUGCCCAUUGAUAUGUGGAGCUUUGGCUGUAUACUUGUUGAGCUCUUGACUGGUUACCCGCUCUUUCCAGGAGAGGAUGAAGGAGAUCAAUUGGCAUGCAUGAUGGAACUUAUUGGAGCUCCUCCACCAAAGCUUCUAGAACAAGCCAAGAGAGCCAAGAACUUUGUAAAUUCCAAGGGCUAUCCACGUUACUGUACAGUUACUACACUUCCAAAUGGAACAACAGUCCUAAAUGGGAGUAGGUCACGCAGGGGCAAAAUGCGUGGUGCUCCUGGCAGCAAAGACUGGGUUAUGGCCUUGAAGGGGUGUGAAGACAUGCUUUUCAUUGACUUCUUAAAAGGUUGUCUAAACUGGGACCCGGCUGCCCGCAUGACCCCUAGCCAAGCAUUGCGUCACCAAUGGAUCUGCAAGAGACAACCUAAGCCCCCAGUCAUAGAUAAGUCCUCAGGGAAAAGGAUUGCAAGCCAUACCAGCUCCUUUCCAGGCAUGGGCUCCAAGCUACCACCAGUUGCAGGUGUAGCAAACAAAUUACGAGCCAAUUUAAUGAACGAUUCAAAUGGGAGCAUACCACUUCGGACAGUCCUACCCAAGCUAGUGAGCUAAUCCAGGUCUUGUACCAAGCACAGUCAUAAGAAUAUUUUGAUACCCAUAACUUAACCACAAUGCAUUUUAAAUUGUAUCAUUUUAAUUUUUUUUUUACUGAUUUAAAUAAGAAACGAGGAAAAAAAUAUAGGAAUUGGCUCUGUAUAUAAUCUAUUUUAAAUAAUUCAUUUUUCAAGGGCUAAGCAUUUCAAUCACCAUCUGGUACAAACUUGAUCCUCUCUGUUUUAUAGGUCAGUCGGUUUUGUCUUUUAAUGAAGUAAAGCAAUAAUAAUCUCUUAUGUAUGAUGAAGGUGUAAAUAAAUGUUAAGUGAUAACUGUUGUUAUCACUUCAUUUAAAGGAGCACACAAGGUACCAGUCUUACUCCAAAAUAUGUGCAUAUUUUUUUUCUAUCCUCUGUUGUCACUGGCAAGAGAAGUAAAAUUACCUGUGCAAACACUAUAAGGAGAUUUAUCAUAUAGACCCAUCUUCAGUGAACACACUUCAAUAUUUUUUUUCCUCUCUCAAUGAUUUUCCCAGGCCUCCCAACACGUCUAUUUUUAGUGAAACAACUCUGGUUUUGGGGUCCUGUCCUGCCAUCUCACUUCAGUUCCCUGGCAUCUAUUUGGGACACCAUGCAACUGUGGGCUGCAUAGUGUGAUGGCAUCAUCAGAUCUGUUGCGCUGUUCAGGACCAUGCAGGGAUCUUCAGUAAGGCUCCCUGCAUUGUUCUGAAGGCUGGGGGCAAUUUAGACAGGCUGCAAGUGGGUGGUCCGGCCCCUUUACCAGGGGGGACCACCCGUUAUGGCUGUCACUGUCACAUAUCCCAAUUCUGCUGGCCAAUAUGUUGGGCUGUAUGCUUGGCCAAGGUGGGUUUUUUAAUGCAGGAGUCUGCUAAAUUUACCUGAUGGCCUGUAAUCAUUCCCAGAAUUUAUUGUUAAUGAGAUUAACUCUAGGCUAAAAGGUGUAUAUAUUUUAACUUUUAUCCUAUUUUAUCCUAUGUUAACUUUGCCAGCCUUAAGUCUGGCAAAGCAUCAUCGGUGUUAGUUUUACAGCAGUUACCUGUCUGCCUCUCCUUCUCUAAUACAUGUUACAAAUCAAGAGAAUGCUUUGUUUGUACAGUUCCCUGAGUCUACAACAGAAUCUGCAUCAUACAGCUGGCAGUUCUCACGAACGUUAAGUCUGUCUUGGCUAUGAUAUUCUUAUUCAGCAUUAUCCUCCCUGCUCCCACCUCAGAAAAAAAUAAAUAAAUCGUACUUGAUCUUUUAUUUACAAGAGAAUGGCUGUUCCUUUAAUGAAGACAUCUAUUGUGUAUGUUAAAUCCAGAUGCAUUGCCACUUCAAGUUGAAAAGGUUACCUAUGUGAAAAUUUGCCUUCCAAAUUCCUCUUAUUUAUUAAAAAGAAAAUGUAUUCAUUAAAAGCAGGAUUCAUUAAAGUGACAUCUUCCUGUCUGACAUUUGUGAUAUGUUUGUAUAAACACACAAUCUGAAAAAGUUAUUUUUUAUUACCACAGAUAGCAUAGCUACUGUCUCUUGCAUUCAUUUUUUUCUAAUACAGUGCUUGAUUCCCCUCACCCUUUGGAUUAGUGCGUUGCUAUUUACUCAUGGUAGCUUAGCCUUCUUAUGCCAGGUGAGCAAGCAAAAAUGUUUACUCUUCCAGCAUUGAAGGGGUUAAAGAAUAAAAAUCUUCUUUUGUUUGGCUAAACACCUUCAUUCCAGCUGCAGUAAUAGAGUCCUUGUUAGCUAGUAAAACAGAGCUCUGCCGGUAUAUGUGGUGAUCAAGCAGUUAAAUGGAGGUUUCAUUUCUGUGUUGGUAAAUUUUGUUUACCUGGGUGCUGCUUCAAGUUUAAGGAAUGAUUUAGUUGCCAAUGGAGCUAUUUUAUGGAUAAAAUGCGCUACGUUAUAUGCAUGCAUGUGUGUGUUCCUUCGAUGCCUGUGUCGAUUUGAAAUAGUGUAUGAAUUGAUCUUGCUUGUUUUUCUUGUAUAAAGGAAAUCUGCCCUCGAUGAGUAAUAUGUUCUUUUUAAUUAUGUUUAUGUACUCUCCAUCCUCUGUCGCUUACAAUGCUCUAUCACACAGGCGGCAUUUUGAAAUGUUGUGGUCUUUUUAAGGUACAAAAUAAAUGAUAUCACCACCCCAAAGUCAGGUGUUAAGAACUUGCAGCAUUUAGGAGCCAAUCCAGCUUGUAUAGGAGCCUACCAGAACUGGUUCAGUGCCAGGCAACAGCUGUUUCUGUAUAACUCUAUUUAAAAUUCUUAUAAAAUUAGGUGUCAGCAGUGAUAUUUUUAUAAACCCUGGCAUUUUGGUUCAGAUGUUCUAUCAAAUGUCCCUACCCGUGAAAAUCCCCUACCCUCGUCACUUCCGGUGAGGAGAAUCAGCUGGAUCCUGUGCUGCACAUGUGUGCUAGCACUCCUGCUACUCCUCCACAGCAAGGUCCUGGAAGGUAAGUAAAACUAGUUUUACUCUUUCAUUAUAGUUAGUGCAUUCACUAAGCUUAGGACAUGGGACAUUUAGGGUUAAUGUUAGGGUUCAAAUUAGGAUUAGGGACUUGUUCAUAUUUAGUGCUCUUUCACAUUAGGGGGAAUAUCACUAAAUAGUGAAUUCUUGCACUUUAUUUUAACCCUUACCAUAAGGGUUAGGGUAAGAAUAGAGUGUGAGAGAGGUUAGAAUCACUUACCUAACCCUAAUUUGAACCCUCACUUAACCCUAAAUGUUCCGUGUGCCUAAGCUUAGUGAAUGCACUAACUAUAAUGAAAGUGUAAAACUAGUUUUACUUACCUUACAGUACCUUGCUGUGGAGGAGUAGCAGGAGUGCUAGCACGCAUGCACAGGAUUGAGCUGAUUCCCCUCACCGGAAGUGACAAGGGUAGGGGAUUUUCACGAGGUAGGGAAAUUUGAUAGCACACCGGAGUCAGAUCAAGGUUUUUCCCUAGGUUCAUCAGUUUAGCCAGAGAGGCUGACUCAGCAUGGAAUAUGACUCAGCAGUGGAGUAUAUGAUAAGUAAAUGUACUUUGAACAAAAAUGGACUGAACCCUGCUAUAUAAUUAUUGUGUGACAGCAACACUUUUCCUUAAUAUAGUAGGUUAUUUUUCAUUAUCUCUAAUGCAAUCAAUUAACCUUUGAACUUUUUAUGUGCACCACAUAAAACCCAGAAACUAGUCCUGCACUAAAAUUCACAUUAUUUUUGUCCGGCAUCAAUGGCUAUAGUAUUCAGCCCCAAAGUAGUCCGUAAAUAGUGUUAAGUAUAUAUCACUCUAUACUCCCUGCCAUUGGCUGAUCAUUGCUUGUUCGUAUUUAUUGGUAUGCCAAAAGAAUUGUUACAAACUGAACAGUUUAGGCCUGUAGAAUAUGAUUCACUUAUUGGCAAGCAGUAUUACUAAUUGUGAUUAACACGUCACAAAACUCUGCAAUGCAUAAGAAGUGAUCAACAAAUGUAAUGUAAAUAAUGUUGAAUAAUUUGGACAUUCGUACUAUAUAUAGAUAAAGAUCAGUGGUUCUGAAGCCACACAAUUUAGGUUUUGUCAUUAUUUCCAUUGGAGCAGAUUUGGGAAAAUACUAAAUCGUGGCCUAUUAAUGUGCCUGGUUUGGGAAAUACUGAUAUAGUGCAUACCUGUUGUAUAAACACACAAUGUUAUCGCUAAAGACUGAGUGAUGAUCAUUUUCCAUAGGUGUUCUUUUGAGAAAACAAAAAACAAUAAGACUUGUUUGUUAUUAUUCUUGAUAUAGUCUUGUGACUUGCCUAUGGCAUGGGGUAGGCAACCUUCGGCUCUCUAGAUGUUGUAAUCUACAUCUUCCAUAAUGUUCUUCUAGCCUUAAUGCUGGCAAAGCAUAAUGGGAGUUGUUGUCCACAACAUCGAGAGAGCCAGAGGUUGAUUACGAGGGUUACAUUAAAUGCUGUGAAUGGAUUCAGGAAAGCUGGAAAAAAUAUUUGUUGGCUUGACCUAUAUUUUAAUUAGGUGGAGUUAUUUAGGCCAUGAUCUACAAACCUGCAGGGAUGUUUUGUUUAUUUUGUAGCGGCUCUUUAAAGCAAAUGGUUCAAUUAUCGCAUUGAUGUUGUGGUCAUCAUGUACGUUUUAUGCGGUCCCUCGAGAACUGCUGCUGUGUGAAGUUUUGUUUCUCUCUGAAAGUUGUUGGGAUUAGCUAGUAAGAUGGUCACGUGUUUCCAACCCACAGGUGUCCCCUGGGACAAUGGAAAUGAGAUCAGAGAGAUAAUGAGGGCGCAGGAAAUCCCAGAUCACAGACUGCAUUGACAAAGAGAGCAGGAUAAAAACAUAAUAAAAAACUGAGCCGCACCCUGACUACGCUUCCCUCAUCUUCUGAAUGGAUAGCUGGGGCCACUGUGACAGGGUACACAUCAAAGAUCCUGCAGUAUGAUGGACAUCAGAAAGACAAUAAACUCUAGCAGUAAACUGAUUUGAGGGUGAUAUCAAUUGGUUACAUUAUUGCUUUGCUACAAAUGCCUCUAGACAUCUGGUGAUCAACAGGGACCUAUGUAUCACUUUUUUGUUAGAGACCUAAAGUGCCUUGCUUUAGAAAGCAAUGCAAGCCAUUUUGUUAGGAAUAGAGCACGUUUUCUUGAGUCCUUUUAAGAAAUUGCUUCCUAUAGAUGGUAUGCAUACAGGAAAUCCUGCAUACUUUCUAUAUGACUCCUUUCUGAGUCGUACUCAGAGAAUGCAGUAAGUGCAGAGGCUUGUUAUAUUCACUGCAGUUUUUGUCCAUGUAGUUCAGAAAUUGCCAGGAAGAAGGAAUUGGAUAAAUUGAGGGAGAAUAGUUAUGUAGUUUAAUGGUUGCUAAUGCUACCCUACAGUUUGUGUUUUUGGGAUCUCGUGUAAACAACUGCAGCCUUUGUGCUGUAGGAACAACAUGAUCAAUGAGGUGAUUUUUAUGAAAGUUUUAUCGUUUUAAUAGAAACUAAGUAGGUUUAUGUUAUAGAAAUUGGUUUUGAUAUGUGGUUGAUAAAGAAAUGAAUAAAAGCAAGUGGAAAAAUAAUCUGUAUUGAAAAGAUGGACAAUAAAGAGAGACUAGCUAAAUAGAGAAACACACUUUGUAUGAAAGAGCCUUUUGAAAUAUUCAUAAAUGUGGUUGUAAAAGUUUCCACUGCUAGACAGAUGGUUAAAACUAUAUGCAUACAUAUUGUUUUUCAGAAGUCUAGGAAGCCAUUUUAUUUUGUGGUUUGUGUGGAAGAAAACAAAUACAUUGAGUUUAAUGUCAAGUAUCUAAAGUUUUGGUAUCAAAGAUUGGUAAAACCUAUUUAUUAAAUAUUACUAUAAUGUGUGGGUUUUUUUUUUUUUUUUUUUAAACAUGGGGUACUUACUUGCCCCAUUAGUUUUAUCAGUAGAGGUAAUAUCCUGUUUAUGUUAGUGUGUCAAAAGAUGUACUAUUUGAAUCGGGGAGUGUAUGUAAGCCUUUUGUAGGAAACUGGUAAGUGUGAGGUUAAGCUCAGGAGCAAAUAGAUUAGUAAGUAAAUGGCAAUCGUGAAGAAAUGUUUGUUAAAUCAUGUGCUGAAUGCUAGAGUCCUCAGGAGCAAAUUGCAAGUUUCUUUGAAGUCUGAGUUUUUUUGUUCAUUUUUAUUAAGGUCUUCCUUUAAACAGUGUCUUAGAAGGAGUUAAUUACCAAAGCAAGACUAUAUAUAUAUAUAUAUAUAUAUAUAUAUAUAUAUAUAUAUAUAUAUAUAUUCUGUUUUUUAUGUGGUAGGCGGAUUAAGGAUGUUAUAUAAUAGUUAUCCUCUGGUUUUCAGUGCAUGAAUCUCAAAAUUGCCACCUCCUGCAAAUCUAAUUACAUUUUCAGAGAGUGGGGUGGUGAGUCAAAAUAUUUGCUUAAAAUCCUGCUUCUACCUCAUUUCAGUGCUGUGACUUGCAGGAUUUCCCCUUUAUAUCUUAUUUGUGGUAAUUACUGAGGUCCCAACUCCAAACUUUAAAUUACAGAAUGUUGUAUUUUUUAUUUGUUCUUAAUAUGACUUCAGAGAGUAUAUCUUGAAAGAAAAUCCUCGGUUGAACCUGAACUUGGAAGGCCACGGAUAGUGAGGUUCAUUUGAGAGAUGAUGUCAGGAGUGCAGGCAAUAACACAACACCUUUCAUACCUUUUGGCCUAAAUACUUAACUGUUCUUUUCUUCUUGAUUAAUUGUGUAAAAACAAAAUUCUUCAAAACAAAUGUUUUGCAGCAUUAUGCAUCCUUGCGUUGCCUCAUCUGUCACAUCUCUCUUGUUCUGAAAUACUUCCUUCUUGUAUGUGUGCACUACCCCUUGCUGUCCGUCUCUCCUAACCUGCUGUGUCCACUAACAUAGUUGUUGUAUGUCUAAUCUUACAGCAUGGCAAAGCUUUUAGAGAGUUCGAGUCCAUUUAGCAGUUUUCUUAAAAAGAAAGAUGACAAUGCUAAUGAAAGUUGUGCACAGAGAACCGAUCACUAUUUUUCUCCUCUGCCCUUCAUUUUAUCUCUUGAGGUGCUAGGUUAAAUAUGUAAACCAAUCAAUAUUCCAUAGACCAGACUAAGAGACUCAUGAUUGGCCAAGCUGCUUCCUGGAGUGGGCAAAGCUCUAAGACUGAUGAUGUAACAUGUCCAAAUGUGCACAAAUUUAAGGAUUUUUUUUUUUUUUUAAAUCAAGUUUUUUUUUCUGUUUUAAUAUUUUGGAUUGGUUGCUUUUCGAUGCAUCUAUACAAUGAAUAAAAAAAUUAAGUUCAAUACCAGCGAGUGCUCCUUUAUGGUAAACAACUGACUCAAGGGCUGUGGAAGAUGUAGUUCAACCAAGAUUGACAGUUCAUAUUUGUCUUUAGCUUAGUGAUCUGUCUAAAAUGACUUGUUAAUUACUGUUAAUUAUCUAAACCCAGAUAAAUAUACUUUUCAGCACAUUCUCUUGAUACUUUAGUAAAGUUUAUUAAAACAUGCAGUACUUAUGAACGUCUUGCAACAAGAUAUUCCCAUUUCACAUUUCCUUGUUAUGUCUGCUUUUAAAAUGUUUCCUUUGUAAAUGCUACAAACAUUAAGGUUUACAUCCUUUAAAAGCCAACUCAUCACAUGAUCACGUACAUUUUCUGGCAGAUUGUGCUUUUAAAAUGUCCACUUUGUAAAUUUUACUUGUAUCUACUGUGAGCUAUUUGCGUUGUACAGAUGUGGCACUUUGAAAUAAGUAUGGAAUUUUUUUUUUCUUUUUUAAAUGUGACAUAUUGAGGAUUUGCAAUCCUUUUGGAUCCAGCAUCAUAUUUCUACCAAAUAAGAUGUACAAUGACAUAUGCAAAUAUUUGUUACAUUUGUAAAGUGGGGUCCAAUUGUAUUAUCUGUCAAUAUUAAAAUAAAAACAAAAGGUUCUUUUGCAAA